AAUUAAUAAUAUUUAUUAUUAAAAAUAAAAAUAUAUUAAUAACAAUAACAAUCUUAUUUUCUGGAUUUGAAACACAUUUAAAAAUACGCGGCUAGACUUUCAAUAUGGUCGUCACUUCGUCCGCAUUCUGAUUGGUGCUUGGUUCCACGUUUUUUUUGCCUGCGCGUGGCGAGACCUUGGGUGUUUUCGAUCCUGUCACUCUGAGUGCUCUGAAAUGAGCAAGGGGUUCUCAAACAAUGUCAAAUAUAGAUUAAUUAAAUGGUAAAUUCUGAUUGGCUAAAACACACUGAGCCUGACGUGAUUGUGAUACAGGCUGCAGUUUAUGGUGAAAUGUAACCAAAAAGUAGUUGUAACUUUUUAUUUUCCCCUAAAUAGACUAUGUUCAGGCAGUUCUCGUGCUCUGGCUCGACGCUCGGUCUCUAACCUACCGAGCGUGAAUCCGUUGGAUCAGAGCGUUGUAAACAUCCAACGAAUUUUUUUAAAAUUUGCUUUUUGAAGCAUGGCCGAAAUUUUUGGUUUGGGUUUAAUCGACCCAAUUGUCCUGAGUGCAAUCCCAAAUAUAAUUUUUGCCGAUGACGACGCUGAAGAAAUUUUAAUCGCAAUGACGAAAGAGGUGCAUGAAAAAAUUAGAGGUUAUUUUGAGGAAAUAAUUCCACGAUAUUCAAUAUCAGACUUCAAAUCACAUUUUCGAAUGACUCGGCGAACGUUUCAAAAUUUGUUGGAAACUCUUGCUCCAUCGCUGAUUGAUUGGAGGAAUGCAGAACAAACCACAGAUCCGGAGAAGCAAUUAUGCAUAGCUGUAUGGUUGUUAUGCAAUCAAGAAGUAUACAGAUCUGUCGCUGAUCGCUUUGGGGUUUCCAUCAACACGGCGUGGCGUUGCACCAUGAAAGUGUGCCGCGCGCUGUGCGAAAGGUCGGGAGAUUAUAUAAGAUGGCCACAAGGACGUGAGCUGCGAAGAGUUCAAGAGGAAUUUGAGGAAAUCAGUGGGUUUCCUAAUGUCAUUGGGGCCAUUGAUGGAUGCCACAUUCAAAUUAGUGCUCCCUCAGAAAAUCCUGACAGCUAUUUUUGUCGAAAGAACUUUCAUUCUUUGUUGCUGCAAGGGAUUUGCGAUGCCAAUUUACGUUUUAUAAACAUUUAUGCUGGCAUUUGCGGAAGUGUUCAUGAUGCCCGUGUCUGGAACUUGAGCGACAUUAAAGAAGCCAUUGAAGUUGACAAGGAGCGUUACUUUCCUGGUGACAGUCACAUGCUCGGCGACUCGGCCUAUGGUGUCCAGUCUUUUUUAAUGGUCCCCUAUAAAGAUUACGGCAACAUGACGGCUGUACAAAGACAUUAUAAUACGGUUCUGUCGAAACAUCGAGUUGUCGUCGAAAGGGGAUAUGGUUUGCUGAAAGGUCGUUGUCGCAGAUUACAAUAUUUAUAUUUGCAAAAGAUCAAAAAUGGAUCUUUGAUCAUUGCUGCGUGUUGUGUGCUGCACAACAUUUGUCUCGACCUAGAUGACGAAGUAAACGAGGAGAUUUUGAACGAACUCGACCCUAUUGAAGAAGAUGAUCUUGAUCCCCUUGAAAAUGAGAGAAUCAAUCUUCCUGCCCAAAUUAAGAGGGACGCUAUUGCCGAAAUGUUAUUCGAGACAAGAAGACGUUGAAAUUCUUUCCGGUAUCUUUCAAUAUGGGAUUGAGGGGUAAAGUGCGAAGUGGGGUAAAGUGAUAAACAAACAAUGCCUUACUUUAAUUAAAAAUAUUGAAACUGUUGUAUAACUUUUGUUGUGUGCUAAAACUAUUUUUUACAGUGAAAAACGUGUCUGCACAUUUACCUUUUUAAUUUAAGAAUGUAAAUAGAAAAUAAGUGGUUUUUAAAUGUUUUUGCAGAAUUUACUUUAUGUUGUAAGUUUAAAGUGUGUUUUAUUUUUAUUCUAAGUAAUUAGUUAUUAAUAUUUAUUAUUUAACGUUUGUUUAUCGGAAUGUAACAGGGUGUCUACUGGUUAUGGAAGUCCUGGAAAUAUCCUUGAAUUUUAAAAAUUGUCCUGAAGUUUAGUGAAAAGUUCUGGAAUUUUAAUUUUUGUUCCUGAAAAUUUUAAGUUUUAAAUAAUUUGGUUUGAAUUUUACAUUAUAUCAGGGAUCACAGGCUGACAUUUUAUCACCUUUUUUUUCUUUUUCAAAUUUGGUCACCUAUUUCACCUGUUUCAUUAAAUUGUCCCCUAUUUCACCUAUUUUGAGAAUUUUUUUAUCUGCUUUAUAUUUCUUCAAUUUUGAGUUUUAAUUUAUUA